CGCAAGGUAGUAAUUACCAUUUUAAUGGUUGACUAAUUAAUUUGCAUAAUUUAUCACGAAACGAUGAUUAAACGAAAUUAAAUGUUCGAAAAAUUGUAGUGCAGAAUUAAAUUCUAGGAAACUUUGAAGAAGCAAUUAAGGAAAUUAGAUACGUUCUCUAUCACUUUUUUUUACUAUUUCAAAGGAUAUUUAAAUGAGGCAUUUUGUACGUAUUGCACUCAAAAUUUGUCAUUUAGGAGACCAUCUGUGCUCCCACGAAUUUUCUAUUCUAUUUACUCACAUUUCGAGAUCAACCAUGGAUAAUAAUAAACUACUAAAAUUAUAUAACGUAAAAUUUAGAUCGGAGGUACGUUGAGAAGAUACACUUGGUUCGAAAACACUCGUUUCGUUGUUACCACUCGUGUGUGCAUGUUCGUCGAAUGUACAUCUUGUGAAAUGUGUCGUUUUCGAUAUAUUACCCGCGAUUUCUUGCCAGAUUCUCAUUACUUCGAAUGGGAAAUAACUAAGCGGAGUUUCAUAGUUUCCAAAGAAUCCAACAGGUUGACAUUAAGAGAAUCGGUGUCUAUGUAGCUAAACGGUUGCCAGACAGCAACACCCUUUUUGCGUCGUUUCCAGCUGGAAAAUGAAAUGACGUCCGGAAUGCUGCUUGCAUCGUGCGAAAAUAUCUUUUAACCGCGUCUCUUUCUGCUCAGAUUACAUAAAGCAUUCAAGUUCCAGGAGAACCUUUUGCGCACGAUGAUACAAAUAGAGAACACGUUCUUUCAACUGGGCGAGAGCAGUUCGCGAAAUUGCCUUAUAAUCUGUGAUCGUGGCGCUAUGGAUGCCUCUGCAUUUAUUUCAAAGGACAAAUGGGAACUUAUGAUGGCAUCGAACGGUUGGAACAACGUGGAGUUACGGGACAACAGAUACAAUCAGAUCAUCCACAUGGUAUCGGCCGCGAACGGUGCCGAGGACUUCUAUUCGACCGAAGAGCACGUAUGUAGAUCGGAAGGCGUCGAGUUGGCCAGGGAACUCGAUUACAAAGCGGCCGCUGCCUGGGUUGGUCAUCCGUAUUUCGACGUGAUCGACAACUCGCAGGACUUCGAGUCGAAGAUUUGCCGUAUGAUCGAGUGCGUGUGCCAGAAACUGGGCAUCGACACCGGGGACAGAUUGCGAGCCAGCAGUCGAAAGGUCAAGUUCCUCGUCAAAGGUCCUCUACCUCCGGACAGCGAGUUUCCACCGUUUCAAGACUUCGAUGUCGUCCAUAACUACCUCCAAAGUAACAAUCCGAAGAUGCAAGCCCGUCUACGCAAACGCGGACAAAAAGGACAUUGGUCUUACAUCCACACGAUUAGGCGUCCGAAGAUGUGCGGGCAAGUGAUCGAAGUUAAGACCCAGUUAACCCAUCGGGAUUACUUGAACAUGCUUGCUCAACGCGACGAUUCGCAUUUCACCAUCUUCAAACGUCGGCGUUGUUUCCUCAUCAAUAAUCAGUAUUUUCAAUUAGACAUAUACAGAGAACCAGCUCACCCGAGGUGCCGUGGAUUGAUGUUGCUUGAAACGUAUACAGCAUUAACUGGAGACGAGCUGAAGAAUAUACUACCACAGUUCCUGACAAUCGAGAAAGAGGUAACCGGUAAUCCGGACUACAGCAUGUUCAAUCUGAGUCUACGAGAAGAAUGGAACAAUACUAAUAAAUACUGCCAUAAUUUACACGAUUACGCUCUUGCAGGCUUGACGGAAUCUGGAUCGAAGGAUAAUAAAAAUAUUAAUACUUCAGAAGCGAGAGAUACGUUGGCUAAAAAACAUGUAAACGGUGCAAGUAACGGGGUUGGGUCUAGAGUUAAUGGUGUAAACGUUACUAUAAAUGGUGUAGAUAAAGUUGUGAAUGGCAUACAAAAUGGUGUCCACGGUGUUGCGAAUGGUAACGCGAAAUUCGUCGAGAGGAAUAGCAUAAAAAGCAAUAGUAAAGAACGCGAUAAUCCUACAAAAACGUUGAACAAUAGUUCGUAAGAGAAUAAAUGGAAGAAGAAGAAUGUAAUAAGAAACACAGAGAAUAGAUUUUUGGAACGAUGUAAAAACACGAUGGUACUGAAAUUGUUGAAACAAUUCCAAACUACGAGACGAAAUAAUUCUAUUGGCACUGACAACUCGAUCUAAGAGUAAAAAAAAAAAAAAAAAAGAAAAAAGAAAAACAACUUUUUUUAGGCAAUACGAAGGACGACAAAGUUCUAAACUUCAUAUUUUCUAAUUGAUCCUUGUAUAUGCACAUCUGGAAGUAUUUGAUGCGAAAUGUACUUAAUAUAAUUCGACUGUAACUUAUUUUUUACCGAUCCGUUUAACGAGUAAUAACGAUUAAUAAUACCGGGUAUUUUUACAUCUAAAUCGCUUCACUUUUCACUUUUCAUCUCUCUUUUACUUCGUUAUGUAUCUUAACGGUAGAGUAUUGUCGUCGUAACAUUUUAUUUAAGGGAACCUACUAUAAAUGAUUGUGAUACAAAAUACAUGUAGCGCAUAGCAUACAAAGUACUUAUUCAAGAACAUACGAUCAGUGUGAAGUAUACUUUACCUUUAGAAAAUGUUUAACAUUGUCUCUCGGUAGAAAAUUAAAUAUUCUGCACUAAUGUGAAACAGAGAAUUUCAAUUCAUCAAUUUAACAGUAGAAGACGAGCUGCUUUCGUCCCUGUAUUGUAGGUUUAAUUACAGUUUCUGCAGGUGUAUUAUUUAUUAGUGGUAUCACGUAAAAUGUUGAGAUAAAUCUAAUGUUUUGUCUUUUAAGAAUAAUGGUCGGGUAAUUAAAAUGAAAAAAGAAAAAAAAAGGUAUGGUUCAACGAUUGUACUGUUCUACAGUAUUGUCAGAAUUACGUAUUACAUAGUAAUGACAAAUUAAUUGUCGUACAUUAUAGUACUUAACAGGUGUUUCCAUAAAAAUUUCAAUCCAGAUAAAAGACAGUACUUUGAUUAACUGGAAAUACCGUUGGUAUGAAUAAAGAGAUCGAUUAAUGAAUUGCAAUUUUAAACAGAAAUUGAUUUGGGAGUAAAUUAAUUAUUGAGUGAUUAUUAUUAUUUAAUUUAUGAAUAAAAAUUAUUUCAUCAUUGAUCAUAACUUAAUGAACGUAAACUGUGAUGAUUAUAUACAUGUUUAUUUUACAUAAAAACAUUUAUCACAAAUAUUAUCAUUGUUUAGAGACAAAGUGCCUGUGAGAUGUUCAGUCGCGGAAGUGAAAAAGAAUGAUAUAUAAAUAUAUAUUUUCAAUGAAAGAUGCAAUAAUCAACUAUUGAUGCACUUUAAACCACGUAUAAUUGAUCUGAACUCAUAUUGUACCCAUGAUUAUCUAAUAAAAAUGUCAUGUGCCUAUCA